CAGCGCCCGCAGCACACCCAGCUUCGGCACCCGCGGUUGAAAGCGCUGGUUUCCUGCCCUCGGUUUCCCCUAGCCCAACCGGCCAGCCGAGGGUGAGCAGCAUGGCAACCCCCGAGGGGAAUCACCUGGAGCCGAUCAAGUAUCUCAGCAAGGUGGAGGCGGCUGCCAUGGAAAAGGAGCUGAUUGAGGAUUACAAGUUUGGGCGGCAGCAGCUGGUGGAGAUCUGUGGACAUGCCUGUGCCAUGGCCGUGACCAAGGUGUUCCCCGUGGCUUCGCUGCCCAAGAAGCAGCCGACGGUGCUGGUGGUGUGCGGGCCUGAGCAGAACGGGGCCAUCGGCUUGGUGUGCGCCCGGCACCUGCGGGUGUUUGAGUAUGAGCCGACCAUCUUUUACCCAAAACGCUCGCUGGAUGCGCUGUACCGGGAUUUUACCACCCAGUGUGAGAAGAUGGACAUUCCCUUCCUCUCUUACCUUCCUACAGAGGUACAACUCAUCAAUGACGCCUAUAACCUGGUGGUUGAUGCCAUCCUGGGACCUGGCGUGGAUCCUGCAGAAGUCAAGGAGCCCUAUACCAGCAUCCUUGCCACCUUGAAGCAAAUCAAGAUCCCCAUUGUUAGCUUGGACAUCCCAUCAGGAUGGGAUGUGGAGACCGGGAGCGAUGAUGGGAUCAGCCCUGAGGUCCUGGUGUCCCUGGCCGCCCCCAAGAAGUGUGCUGACCGCUUCUCUGGGAAAUAUCACUUCGUAGCUGGCCGUUUCCUCCCUUAUGAUGUCCAAAAGAAGUUUGAUCUGAACCUCCCAGGCUACCCGGGGACAGAAUGUGUCGUGUCUCUUUAGAGAGAGUUGGGGGGAGGGGGACGAGGAGAGGAACAAAUCUCCAGCCCACAUCUUCUACCCCGAUCAGUCAUCCAAUAAAUAAUCAUU